GGCCGCUUCGUCUUUCAAAACAAUAAGCUUUGACAGCUAGAGAAAAAUUUUAACUUUUAAGAAUAACUUGCAUGUUCGAGUCCUUGUAAAUGCGAUUUCAGAGAGCUUGCACACCUGGCAGUCCUUAAAGUUCCACUGGCGGUGAAAAGUUUGAUCAAAUUGGGAGACUGUAAGAACAGAAUUUCCUUUGGAGAUACUGGCAGAACAGCAGAACAAGGUCAAUGUUAUGGCUGCAACAGAUCAUGUGUUUGAUUGGAUCGAUGAUGAAAAUGACGCUAUUUGUGACAUCGAGGACGAUCAUUCAGCAAGCACGAAGGCGCCGUUGAUUCUCAUCACAGACCAUCCAGAUGCAGCCGUGGAAUCUUCUUCUGCCCUUUCUUUGCAAUGGCAUGUACAUCAUCGACGUGGAAGUGUCGAGGCCAAGCUGAUCAACGGUUGGAGCACAUCAUCUCCGGAAAAUCACGGUAGAUUAUUCUAUUCCAGGGAGUCGUCAAAAGGAGAUGGGUUUACCCUGGUUGACUUUGAUAUUCCUACACGUGUCAAACCUUGUUCACACCCUGGAGUUGACUGCCCACUAUGUGACAGGUGUCAAGAACUUGAACUAUCAUUUUUUGACCCAACAUGUGUUGGCUGCAGUGAAAUUUUGCUAAACCCUGAAACAACAAUAUCUCAAAUAUUUGCUAUUAUGAGACAAUGGAUACCCCAAGUUCAACAAAAUAUUGAUGUUUUUAUAACAGAAAUUCUUAGAAGGGGUGGACAUGUCAAUGACCGGGAUGGUCUCACCGAUAUGACAAUGCUUCAUUAUGCAUCAAAAUCUGGCGCAGGUGGAGUUGGUGAUCCAGUUGUUGCUAGUGAAACCGUACAAUCUCUUAUUGAAAAGAGUGCAGAUUUUGCACAGAAGUGCAGAUGGACAGAUAUGCUGCCUCUCCAUUAUGCAACGUUCUUUGACAUUGUUCCAGUAAUUAAUAUUCUCCUCAACGCGAGCGGUGGAUCUGAUGCAGAUGCACCAUGCAAAGAGUUUGACAACGGAACCCCACUGCAUAUCGCGUGCUCAAAUCUAUGCCUCAAAGCUGCAAAAUGCUUGCUUCAACACAAGGCAAACCCGAAUUUUCGAGACGCAAGCGGCAGGAAGCCAAGGGAAUGCCUUCCUCCAGGAUCAUCUCUCGAACAGAACCCUGAAAUGCAAUCAUUGAUGCUGAAAAUGCAGGCACUUCUUCUUGAUGCUGAAAAUUCAUCCAAGUUGUCCAAAAAGGAGAGUUUGAACGACGCGACUCUGCAUGCCCUAGGGCUGUCCAUAGGUGAUGACGUCAUUGUCUCUGGCAAGGUUAGUCACUACUGUCAUUUUAAAUAAUACCUUUUGGAAAUUGGAAACGAAGCAACAGCUAUGAACGUACUUCUUCAAGAAGCUUGCUUUGAGUUUUAAAUUCAACUUGCUAGAAAUCAUUUGCCAAGUCAACCUGUGACAAAAGGGUGGCAAAGAAUAUCCGGAAGAGAUCGUUGAAAUUGGUGACAAUUUGGAAGCCACUGUGUCUAUACAAGUAGCGUUCUUCGAUGGGAUUGGCCGAGUUUCUAUAGCUUGGUCUAAACCAAUCACCGUACGAGUAGCUUGGUCUAAACCAACCAGUGUACAAGUGCUAGGUCUAAACCAAUUAACGUGUGAGUAGCAUGGUCUAAAGCAGUCAGUGUACAAGUGCUAGGUCUAAACCAAUUAGUGUACAAGUAGCUUGGUCCAAACCAAUCGACGCACAAGUGGCUUGGUGUAAACCAAUCAACGCGUGAGUAGCUUGGUCUAAACCAAUCAACGUGUGAGUAGCUUGGUUUAAAGCAGUCAGUGUACAAGUGCUAGGUCUAAGCCAAUCAGUGUACAAGUAGCUUGGUCUAAACCAAUCAACGUGUGAGUAGCUUGGUCUAAACCAAUCAACGUGUGAGUAGCUUGGUUUAAAGCAGUCAGUGUACAAGUGCUAGGUCUAAGCCAAUCAGUGUACAAGUAGCUUGGUCUAAACCAAUCAACGUGUGAGUAGCUUGGUCUAAACCAAUCAACGUGUGAGUAGCUUGGUUUAAAGCAGUCAGUGUACAAGUGCUAGGUCUAAGCCAAUCAGUGUACAAGUAGCUUAGUCUAAACCAAUCAACGUGUGAGUAGCUUGGU